AUGACUGAUCCAAGGGGAAAGGGAUUUCAAGCAAAGCAAGAGGGCCAAAACAACAACAACAAUGAUGGAAACACAAUGAGUAGUUAUAACAAGGCAGCUUCAUCUAGUACUACUACUUCAAGGCAAUGGUCUGGAUUUCGAAAUCCAAGGAUUGUUCGUGUCUCCCGAACCUUUGGGGGAAAAGACAGGCACAGCAAGGUGUCAACCGUGAGGGGAUUGAGAGACAGAAGAAUUAGGCUUUCAGUGCCAACAGCAAUUCAAUUAUAUGACCUUCAAGACAGGCUUGGUCUUAGCCAACCUAGCAAGGUAAUAGAUUGGUUGCUUGAAGUUACUGACGAUGAUAUUGAAAAGCUCCCACCACUCCAACUACUUCCUCAUCACGGUUUGCUCAAUACUACUAGUACUGCUCAUCAUCAAUUUCAUCAUCAACAACAGCAAAUUCUAAAUCCUGUUAAUGUUCCUUUCUUUGAUGUGAAUCGAAGACUUACUGAGCAAGUUGUGCUUGAUGAGAGUAAAGGAAAGUCAAUCAAAGAUCAUGAUGAUCAAGCCUUGGCUCAGAAGUUAUUUCCUAUAGGCAAUAUGCCUUCUUCAAUACCUGGAUUGCUGAACAAUGCCAUGGCAUACAACAACUACUUUCAAAAUCACAAUUCGGAGCCUUCAUGUUUGUCUCUUUCUCAGUUUGGUAGCAGUAGUCAUGGAUUUCCACUGGCACCUCAAAUGGAUCAUAUGAUGAGUAGUAACAAUGGCUUAUCAUUUUCAAAUACUUCAAUGCCAAUGGCAUCUGGCUCGCAAUUGUUCUUCUGUCCAUCAACAGCUACGCCGGUACCUUCACUGUUUGGUCCAUAUGCUCCCUACAUUACCGCUACUACCCCAGUAGGAGAGAACAGUAGUACCAGUAAUGAUCAGCAGCCUGCACUUAGACAAACCAGUAACCAUAUGAUCCAAUUGUUGAGCUCAGGAAAUACUACUUCACAGAAUUUUGCACCUAAUAAUGUUCUCAUGCCUUCUCUUCAAUAUUCGAUUGGCUCAUCUUUGAGAUCAUUUCCAACAUUGGAUAAUCUGAAGCUCCAUUCGCAAAACCAUAAUGCAUCAUCAAGCCAACCAAACAAGGACGAUACUGGUUCCUAA